AUGAACUUCCUCACCCUCUCACUACUCCUCUUUCCGGCGCUGGCUCUGGGCGUCCAGCUUCCGCCUCCUACAGGACCCAACAAGAAUAUCGGCACCUACACCGUGACGCUCACCGACUCCUCUCGCACCAGCGGCUUCGGCGGCCCAGACGGUGUCGCCCGUGAAAUCGUAGUCCAAGCCUUCUACCCAUUGCCACGUGCUCCCAGAUCAGGGAAGUACUCGGACUGGGCACCGCCUCUCACAGUCCGGACGAUCGAGAUAUCCGAGAGCCUUCCGAACGGGACGCUCUCCGGAAUCACGACCAACUCCUUUGUGCAGCCCGCCUCCUCCCCCGCCUGCCCGACCAAGAACCUCAUCCCUCUCGUAUUCUCGACGGGCAUGGGCGCCCCCCGCGCCGUCUACACGACGAUCUACGAGCAGCUCGCCUCUGCCGGGUACUUCAUUUUGGCGGUGGACCACCCCUACGACGCCAUCGUCGUCGAGUACCCCGAGGCGACCAAGGCGCCGACCUACACGGCGCUGAACCUCACCUCGACAGACGUGAUGGAGGUAGUCGAGUCCUACCUUUCCACGCGCGUAUCGGACCUGCGGUUCCUCGCUUCGCAGCUGAAGACGCUGCCGUGCGGCCGGCAGCUGCGCACCGAGAAGGCCGGCGUAUUCGGGCACAGCCUUGGCGGCGCCGCGAGCGUCGGCUCGCUCGUCCCCCCCACCCCGUUCAAGGCCGGCAUCAACAUUGACGGCUUCAUCUUCAUCUACAACACCACGUCGGUGGCGCCGGCGCCGGUGCUGAUCCUCGGUGCCGGCGAGCAUAACUCCUCGAGUGAUACCUCGUGGGCCGCGUUUAAGGGCGCGCAGAAGGGGUGGGUCAGGGAGGCAAUUGUGGAUGGCUUUCAGCAUAUGAGCUUUGGGGACUCGCCGACGGUUAUUGAGAUCACGGGAUUGGCGGAUGGCUGGACGGAUGAGAUGAGGGCCGGACUGCAGGAGGUCUUUGGGACGCUUAGUGGUGAGCGGGGCAGGGAGAUCACUGGUGCUUAUACCGAGGCGUUCUUUAACUGGGCGCUUAAGGGCGAGAAGGAGGGGCUUGUGGCGGAGAACAAUAGGAAGUUCCCUGAGGUUACGUUUAUCUGA